AACGCAAACGUUUGGUCUUAAUUUUUAAUCGAUUAAAAUUCUUCACAUAAUCGAUUUUGCCUCGGCUGCGUUCCUUAAUCGAUUAAAUACCUUUAUUUAAUCGAUUAAUAUUCGAUUUUUUCUUCUCUGUAUAAUCCGCCAGUGCCUUUGUCUUCAUCGCCAUCUCAGUUUUACAGAGAAGGUGCGAAACCCUAGCUCAAACCCUUGCUCAAACUUCAUCAGAAAUUUCUCAAAUUUGUUCCAUUUUUUACCAAAUUUCAUCAAUUACAAAAAGGAAGAAUGCCAAGGUGCAAGAACGCUUCCUCGGGUCAAGAAACCACGGCAGAGGAAAAUGAGAGGCCAUGGCGUCGUGAAGGGAGCAAGUAUAUUCACAUUCAAACGGGUCUCGCCUUCAACAUUGGAGCUUCAGUCGAGAGGUUCCACAACAUCUUCCUCACGAAGGAGAUCGUCUCUCCCAAGAUCGUGAACAAGGACCUCUUCAAAUCGGCGACCUAUGCCCCGAGUAAGUCUAUAUUCCUUCAGCAAGGAUUGCUUCGUUUCAUUCAUUUGACGUAUGAAUUUUUCUGUCCUAAUCUUAUACGUCAAUUUUAUGCAAAUCUUCGUACCACUAAGGGAGGUUCGCCAUCUCUCAUUUCCUAUGUUGACGGCAAAACCGUUUUCAUUGACGGUGCUGGUUUGACUUCUUUGUUUGGCCUUCGUCGCGGUGAAAUUACCGAAAACUUGGAUGAAACAUUCCAAGAUGAGGCAAUAUGGCGACAACUCGGGUUAGAUCAUCGUGACCUCAAGUUUAGAAACUCUAGCAACCCGAGUGUCGUUAAUCUCACUUUAAUUCAACGCAUCCAACAAUACAUUUUCUCAUAUGUUUUGUUGCCCCGUGAUUCGAACCAUGGCGUCGUCAACAAGGACGAUAUUCGUUUGUUUCACGUCCUGUUGAACGAUGUCAAAUUUGAUUGGGUUCACUUCUUUAUCGUUGCACUUAGCGAUGGCACUCGCUUUUCCCAUCUCCGUUUUGCCAUCCCCAUUAUGCAUAUCCUUGCUCAUUGCAAAGUAGACCUUACUCGGGACACUCAGGUGCCGGUUAAGAAGACGUGUUUCAUCACAGAAGCCAAGUUUUCCCGGAUCGUGUAUCAAGAGGAGGGCGAUGCUGCACCAAAUCUGGACUUAAUCGUCGCCGAAGAAGAAGAAGAAAGCCAAAACGAGAAUCAAGCUGAGUCAUCUCAAGCCGGAGGUAGUCGAGCCACGGAGCGCGUCACUCGUCAACGGAGGACUCGUCCGAGAGAAGAAGCACCGGAACCAUCUUGGGUGAAGAAGAUCUUCGAUACUCUCACGUGCAUCCGAGAUGACGUUCGCCAGCUCAACGAGAGGAUGACUCGUCUUGAGCAAUCUCGCUCCUACCGUGGCCCGCGUCACAGCUUCAGCGGAGGAGCUCGUCCGACGAACUCUCUUUGAUUAUUUUCUCUUCCAUCUUAGCUUUUUAUGAUACAUUGUUAUUUGCUAUUACUGUUAUAACUCUUUUGGUGAAUGAUAUUGUUGCUAAUAUGGUUCUCUUUUAGAACAUUUUGUCCCUUUGAUGCAAUUCGUGUUAGAAGCUCUUUUGAAAACUCUUACAAUUUUUUCCUUCAAAAUCCCGGCAUCAAUUAAGGGGGAAGGUUGUC